AUGAGCAGCGAGCAGGUGAGAGGGCGCCCCUCGCUUCGCUCCCCGCCGUCUCCUCCACUUUGCGGACUAAAGCUGACACUUGGUCCCCGGGACACCGCAGCGAGGCUGGGGCAAAGGAGUGAGCAUUCUCAGAACCUGAGAGCUGAGAUGUGGAGGGACCCAGUCACUAAUGAGGAGAAGGAGAAGCUAGGCAAAUACAUCUCAGCUUCCCUCAGGUCAAGCUCGUCAACCUCCUUCAAGUACCUGGAGAAGUCAUCUGGCAAAGAAAAACCCAAGACUCCCGUGAGAUAUUUACAACAGUUGUCCAUGGAUAAAGCACCCAGCAAAGAAAAACACAAAGCACCAGAAAGAAUUUUACCACAGUUGCCUUCGGUGAGUACAAAACCCCAGUGGCAGCAGGCGGCACCGUCUUUCCAUUUGAAAUUAAGCCAGAAUGAACAAGUUCCAGAACAGUUCAGAGUUAAAAAUGAACAGUCCUAUGCUGAAUACAUGGAGAGCUUUGGAAAAAAAAGCAAAGUGCCGGACCAAACUGAUAGUUAUGCUGGACCAUCUACUUCCAAAUCGAGAGGCAAAGCUUUACAUAAAGAACGAGAAAACUUUAGAAGCGCCCUUGUUAAUGUUAUUAUGCAACAAGAUGAUGUCUUAGAUACAAGUCCCAGUGAAAUGGCAAUUUCCAAGGCCACUUCUGCAAUAGAGAAAGACAUUCUGAGAUACUACUAUUAUAUUCACCAUGGAAUUGAUACAGACCAUAUAGCCCCAAUGGAAGACUCUUGGCUAGAACAUGUGUUGAAUUUAGUCCCCAAACAUCUGAAGGUCCUCUCUGACAGCAUACACACACUAUCUGAAGAAGUGAGAGAAGAUUAUCUUCUUAGUGUGAAAAAAUCCAUCGUUGAUUUUGUUUUAAAAGAUCCUAGAGAGAAAGAAGAAGAUAAGAAGACAGAUGAACUCCCCCCUCAUCGUGCGGAAUUGGAAAUUCUGCCAAAACCAUGGAGGAAAUCUUUUUUAUCUACAAGGAGUUAUAUUAGGGAUCAUUUGAAUGCCAUGAACCCUACAAUGCUGGCUGUGUUAGACUUGUGGCACAGCACUUUUAAAAAGUUGCGAUUAGUUGAUAAAGAAGAAUUUCACAAUUGCCAAGAGGCACUAGAGCUGCCGGCUUUUCAGAACAUUGUCAUGAAACACAUGCAGUCUGCCAGAGAUGUUCUCCUUAAAACGUGGCUUCCAGAGGUGCAGAAUAUUUAUUACCAAGGUAGUAAAAAAAAGCAGUUGCCAACUGGUGACAGCAGUGCCAAAUUGGAGUCUUUUUUCAACUGCGCUGCUACGCUUAUGACUUUACAGCUGCAGGAACUCACUUUGGUCUCCAUGCAAGAUUUCACAGACUUAAUUGCACAACCCCAGGAUUCUGUUAGAGCCUUUGAACAUCCAGGCUUCAUCAUGAAACUGAUUCUUGAUGACAACACCAUUAAGUUUGAACCUGAAUUUAAUGACUAUAGAGAUAUCCUUCUAAAUGUUUAUGAUGUUAUGAUUAAGGCUGUGAGUUCUGUGCCAAGAGUUGAGACAAAAUUGUAUCCCAAGUGGGAAAGUAAGUCCAAACGAAUGACCUUGAAGCCAAUAAUUCUGAGUGAAAUAAUAGAGGCUCACAAAGAAAAGAUUAAGGAAGUUAUUGAGAAAGAGAGUGUGGCGCCCAUUGAACACCUCAAACUCUACGACAAAUACGGAUUUUUGGUUACCAGAAAAGCUGAAGAAGAUGUGGAUAAUUUUCUUGCAGAAAAUCAUAGUUAUGAGAAAAUUAUAGCUGAAAUUCGCAAAUACCAACAACUAAUGGAAGAAAUUCAGUACACCUCUAGAAAGACUGUUCGCUUAGGAACCUUUGAAUUGCACUGUGAUGAAUUGAUCAGAGCUUUGGUAAAACGAGCAGAUAUUAUCUGUGGAAAACUUAUAACUAAGAUGUUCAAAGAUCAUCAGGAAGCAAACAUAAGAUUAUGUGAUGAAUUUGAGAGGAUAGCUGAAAAAGCUCUUAGCACUCCUCCAAAUACAGCAGAACUCAUGGAAGUCAAGGCAUACAUUCAGAAAGUGGAGACCACUGACAUGAUUGAAUUGGAACAGAGAUUAGUGGAUUCCAAAAACUGCCUCGCCUUCCUUAUUGAGUGUGCCACCUUCUCUCCAGCAGACAUCAGGCUAAAUAAUAAUGUUUUCCAGUGGUAUGCAAGAAUGGGAGAAAUUUUUGAAGAACACAGGAAAAUUGUUAAAGAGAAAACAGAACAGUACCAAGAAGGUCUUAAGUUACGCUGUGAGCGGUUUCAGGAGGAAUUGGAGAGUUAUUCUAAGCAGGCAGAAGAAUUUUACACCUUUGGGGAUCUUCAGGAUGUACAACGAUACCUGAAAAAGGCCCAAACUCUGAAUGGAAAAUUGGAUGCAGCAGCAGACAAGAUUGAGCAGUUCAAUGUUGAAGAGGAAGCCUUUGGGUGGUUACCAUCAGUAUAUCCUCAACGUAAAAAAAUUCAAGAUGGUUUGAAUCCUUAUCUUCGUCUCUAUGACACUGCUGUUGAGUUUGGCAACAAAUAUCGAGGAUGGACUGAAGGACCAUAUCACAAGGUGAAUCCAGACCAAGUAGAACAAGAUGUUGGAAAUUACUGGAGAGGACUGUAUAAGCUGGAAAAAACCUUCCAUGAUUCUCCAAAUGCAUUGGCAAUGGCAAAAAAAGUGAGAGCAAAGGUGGAAGAUUUCAAGCAGCACCUCCCUCUCAUUCAAGUGAUCUGUAAUCCUGGGUUGCGAGCCAGGCACUGGGAGGCCAUGUCCAACAUUGUUGGUUACCCCUUGAAGCCAACAGAUGAUGCUACUGUCUUCUCUUUUAUAGACAUGAAUCUGGAACCCUAUUUAGAUAAGUUUGAAAAUAUUAGUGAAGCAGCUAGCAAAGAGUAUUCUCUUGAAAAGGCCAUGGACAAGAUGACGAAUGAAUGGGAUGCAAUGGAAUUUGUCGUUCUUCCUUAUCGAGAAACUGGGACAUUUAUUUUGUCAUCAGUUGAUGAAAUCCAGAUAUUGUUGGAUGAUCACAGUAUUAAAACACAAACCAUGCGAGGAUCACCUUUUAUUAAGCCUUAUGAAACACAAAUGAGAGAAUGGGAGAGCAAGCUCCUGUUGCUUCAGGAGAUUCUAGAUGAAUGGCUCAAGGUCCAAGCCACAUGGCUGUAUUUGGAACCUAUUUUCAGUUCUCCAGAUAUCAUGUCUCAAAUGCCUGAGGAAGGCCGGCGGUUUACAGCUGUGGAUAAAACAUGGCGAGAUAUAAUGAAAACUGUUGUGCAAGACAAACGCGUUCUGUCAAUUGUGACUAUUGAUAGAAUGCUGGAAAGGCUGAAAAAGUGCAAUGACCUUCUGGAACUCAUUCUUAAAGGACUCAAUGAGUAUUUGGAAAAGAAACGUCUCUUCUUCCCCAGAUUCUUUUUCUUGUCUAAUGAUGAACUUCUUGAGAUUCUUUCUGAAACUAAAGAUCCCACUAGAGUACAACCUCAUUUGAAGAAAUGUUUUGAAGGAAUUGCAAAGGUUCAGUUUACAGAAACUUUAGACAUCACUCACAUGAAGAGUAGUGAAGGAGAGGAGGUGGAACUGAUAGAGGUUAUUUCAACGUCCAAAGCCAGAGGUCAAGUGGAGAAGUGGCUGGUUGAAUUGGAGAGAAUGAUGAUUAAGUCCAUCCAUAAGGUCAUUGGAGAUGCAAUUCGUGCCUAUAUGAGCAAUGCACGGAUUGAUUGGGUAAGACAUUGGCCUGGGCAGACUGUACUAUGUGUCUCCCAAACUUACUGGACUUCAGAAGUACAAGCAGCUAUUCCAUUGGGACUACAGCAACUUGAGGAAUACUUAAAGAAAUGUAAUGAUCAAAUUGAUGAUAUUGUCACCUUGGUCCGUGGCACGUUGUCCAAGCAGAACCGUGUUACUCUGGGUGCCCUUGUGGUACUUGAUGUCCAUGCUAGAGAUGUCCUUUCAUCACUUGUGAAAAAGAAAAUUAGAGAUGAUUCAGACUUUGAAUGGUUAAGUCAGCUUAGGUACUACUGGCAAGAAAACAAUUUAGAAACAAAAAUGAUCAAUGCUGGUUUACGAUAUGGAUAUGAAUAUCUGGGUAAUUCACCCCGUCUGGUUAUUACUCCACUCACAGAUAGAUGUUACAGAACCUUAUUUGGAGCACUUCACCUGCACCUUGGAGGAGCACCAGAGGGUCCAGCGGGCACAGGAAAAACAGAAACUACCAAAGAUUUAGCAAAAGCUGUAGCCAAACAAUGUGUUGUUUUCAACUGUUCAGAUGGAUUGGAUUAUCUGGCUUUGGGAAAAUUCUUUAAGGGACUGUUAUCUUGUGGAGCCUGGGCUUGCUUUGAUGAGUUUAAUAGAAUUGAUUUGGAAGUACUUUCUGUGGUUGCUCAACAGAUUCUUACUAUCCAAAGAGGAAUUAAUGCAGGUUCUGAAACACUAGUAUUUGAAGGAACUGAACUGAAACUGGACCCCACUUGUGCUGUCUUUAUAACAAUGAAUCCUGGGUAUGCUGGACGAUCAGAACUGCCAGAUAAUCUGAAGGCCCUCUUCCGGACGGUAGCGAUGAUGGUGCCUGACUACGCCAUGAUCGCCGAGAUAGUCCUGUACUCCUGUGGCUUCGUCACUGCCCGACCGCUCUCAGUGAAAAUCGUGGCCACGUACCGCUUGUGUUCCGAGCAGCUGUCAUCACAGCAUCACUACGAUUACGGAAUGAGAGCCGUGAAGUCAGUGCUUACUGCUGCUGGAAAUCUAAAGCUGAAAUAUCCAAAUGAAAAUGAAGAGAUUUUGCUGCUUAGAUCUAUUAUUGAUGUAAAUCUUCCAAAAUUUUUAUCUCAUGAUUUACCACUCUUUGAGGGAAUUACUUCAGAUUUAUUUCCUGGGGUGAAAUUACCGAAACCAGAUUACAAUGAUUUGCUGGCAGCCAUCAAAGACAACUGUGAUUCUAUGAAUUUACAAAUGACAGAUUUCUUUUCUGAGAAGAUUCUUCAAAUAUAUGAAAUGAUGAUUGUGCGCCAUGGCUUUAUGAUUGUUGGUGAACCAUUUGGAGGGAAGACCUGUGCGUAUCGUGUCCUAGCUGGGGCCCUAGAUGAUAUAUGUGAAAAAGGGCUAAUGGAAGAAAACAAAGUUCAGAUCACUGUUUUAAAUCCUAAGUCUGUCACCAUGGGCCAACUAUAUGGACAGUUUGAUUUAGUGUCCCACGAGUGGUCUGACGGCAUCCUGGCUGUCAGUUUUAGAGCAUUUGCUUCUUCAACUACUCCAGAUAGAAAGUGGUUAAUUUUUGAUGGACCAGUAGAUGCAGUAUGGAUUGAGAAUAUGAACACAGUCCUGGAUGACAACAAAAAGCUGUGUCUCAUGAGCGGGGAAAUUAUUCAAAUGUCACCACAGAUGAAUCUUAUUUUUGAACCAAUGGAUUUAGAAGUUGCUUCUCCUGCCACUGUGUCCAGAUGUGGCAUGAUUUAUAUGGAGCCUCACAUGUUAGGAUGGAGACCACUUAUGUUGUCUUGGAUAAAUAUUUUACCUCCUGAAGUUACUACUAUUCAGAAGGAGUUUUUAGUAGGUUUAUUUGACAGAAUGAUACCUGUUUCUGUGGAAUUUAUUAGAAAACAUACAAAGGAAUUAUCCCCUACUUCAAAUACAAACUUAGUCCAAUCCUUAAUGAAUCUAAUAGACUGCUUUAUGGAUGAAUUUGCUGAUGAAAGCAAAGUAAGAGAGAGAAAUGAUCGAGAAACUUACUCUUUACUUGAGGGCAUUUUUUUGUUUUCAUUGAUCUGGUCUGUUGGUGCUUCCUGUAAAGAUGAUGAUCGGUUGAAAUUUAGUAAGAUUCUUCGAGAACUAAUGGAAGGUCCAAUUUCAGAUUUAACUCGAACGAGGUUUAAACUCCUGAGUGGUGCCGAUCAAGUGCCUUGUAAGGCACUAACUGUGCCAUUUCCUGAGAAAGGAACCGUUUAUGAUUAUCAAUUUAUUACUGAGAAUUUUCUUCUAAAUCAGCUCAAUAAGGAAAUCUACAAGCCUCUCCUAAUUAACUUCUCAGCACAAACUACAGCAGCUCAAACCCAGAAUAUUAUCAUGUCAAAGUUGGACAAACGAAGAAAGGGAGUUUUCGGUCCGCCUUUGGGCAAGAAAAUGGUUGUCUUUGUGGACGAUGUCAAUAUGCCUGCUCGAGAGGUGUACGGGGCUCAGCCUCCCAUUGAAUUACUAAGACAGUGGUUAGAUCACUGGAAUUGGUAUGACCUAAAAGAUUGUUCUGUGAUUAAACUAGUGGACAUUCAAAUCAUGUGUGCUAUGGGGCCUCCAGGUGGUGGCCGAAAUCCAAUAACUCCUCGAUAUUUGCGACAUUUCAAUACUAUAACAAUCAAUGAAUUUAGUGAUAAAUCUAUGUAUGCAAUCUUCUCUAGAAUACUAAACUGGCAUUUAAAGAUUUGUUAUAAAUUCCCAGACAGUUUUCUAGAGAUGACCUCACAAAUUGUCAAUGGUACAAUGAGUUUAUAUAAAGAAGCAAUGAAGAAUCUCUUGCCUACUCCAGCCAAAUCACACUACUUGUUCAACCUCCGUGAUUUCUCCCGGGUUGUUCAGGGUGUGUGUUUGUCAAGACCAGAAACAGCAGAAACCAAGGAAGUGAUUAAACGUCUUUGGGUUCAUGAGGUCCUGAGAGUGUAUUAUGAUCGUCUUCUGGAAAAUACAGACCGAAGCUGGCUUGUCAGCUACAUCCAGGAAGUUUUGAAAAAAUAUAUGAAUGAAAAUUUCCAUGAACUCUUCCAAGGACUGGACUUUAAUAAUGAUGGGGUCGUGGAAGAAGAUGACUUACGCAGUUUAAUGUUCUGUGACUUCCACGAUCCCAAGAGAGAGGACACCAACUACAGAGAAGUUGCCAAUGUGGACAACCUUAGAGUGGUAGUUGAAGCUCACCUAGAAGAGUACAAUAAUAUUAGCAAGAAAACCAUGAACCUCGUUUUGUUCCGCUUUGCCAUCGAGCACAUCUGCAGAAUUUCCCGGAUCCUGAAGCAGCCUCGGAGCCAUGCCCUUUUGGUCGGUGUGGGAGGGAGCGGAAGGCAAUCUGUCACCAGAUUAGCAGCCCACAUGGCUGAUUAUUCCGUUUUCCAGGUUGAAAUCUCCAAGGGCUACAGCAGCACUGAGUGGCAUGAAGAUUUAAAAGUGAUCUUAAAGAAGUGUGCUGAAGGUGUAAUGCAGGGUGUCUUCCUGUUUACAGAUACUCAGAUUAAAAAAGAGUCAUUUCUAGAAGACAUCAACAAUUUGCUCAAUGCCGGGGAGGUUCCAAAUCUCUUUGCAUUAGAUGAGAAGCAGGAAAUAUGUGAGAAGAUGCGUCAACUAGAUCGUCAGCGAGAUAAAACUAAACAAACAGAUGGUAGCCCCAUAGCUCUGUUCAACAUGUUCAUUGAUCGCUGCCGUAAUCAACUCCAUGUGGUCCUUGCUAUGAGCCCAAUUGGAGAUGCGUUUCGGAAUCGUCUUAGAAAGUUCCCUGCUCUUGUUAACUGCUGCACAAUCGACUGGUUUCAGUCCUGGCCUGAAGAUGCACUACAGGCUGUUGCCUCACGCUUCUUACAAGACAUUGAAAUGUCAGAGCAAGUCCGAGAUGGCUGUAUCAACAUGUGUAAAAGUUUUCACACUUCGACCAUAAACUUAUCAAAGUCCUUCUAUAUUGAACUCCAGAGAUACAACUAUGUGACUCCUACCUCUUAUCUUGAAUUAAUCUCUACCUUCAAGUUGUUGUUAGAAAAGAAAAGAAGUGAGGUAAUGAAAAUGAAGAAAAGAUAUGAAGUAGGUUUGGAGAAACUGGAUUCUGCUUCAUCUCAAGUAGCCACGAUGCAGACUGAGUUGGAGGCUCUGCAACCUCAAUUAAAAGUUGCUAGCAAGGAGGUUGAUGAAAUGAUGAUUAUUAUUGAGAGGGAGUCUGUGGAAGUUGCCAAAACAGAAAAAAUAGUGAAAGCUGAUGAAACGGUGGCAAAUGAACAAGCUAUGGCUGCCAAAGCCAUCAAAGAUGAAUGUGAUGCUGACCUGGCAGAGGCCUUGCCAAUAUUAGAGUCAGCCCUAAAUGCUCUGGAUACUCUGACUGCUCAGGACAUCACAGUGGUAAAGUCCAUGAAGAGUCCUCCUGCUGGCGUCAAGCUUGUGAUGGAAGCUAUAUGCAUUUUGAAAGGCAUCAAGGCUGAUAAAAUCCCUGACCCAUCAGGCUCAGGGAAAAAAAUAGAAGAUUUCUGGGGUCCAGCUAAGAGACUUCUCGGUGACAUUAGAUUUCUGCAGUCACUUCACGAAUAUGACAAGGAUAAUAUUCCUGCAGCUUAUAUGAAUAUCAUAAGAAAACAAUAUAUUCCAAAUCCUGAUUUUGUUCCAGAGAAGAUUCGAAAUGCUUCCACAGCUGCAGAAGGUCUGUGCAAAUGGGUCAUAGCAAUGGAUUCCUAUGAUAAAGUGGCAAAAAUAGUAGCUCCCAAAAAGAUAAAACUAGCUGCAGCUGAAGGGGAGCUUAAAAUUGCCAUGAAUAGUCUGAAGAAGAAGCAGGCAGCCCUUUAUGAGGUACAGGAGAAACUCACCAAGCUUCAGGACACACUGGAAUUAAAUAAACAAAAGAAGGCUGACUUGGAAAAUCAGGUUGACGUGUGCAGUAAAAAACUAGAGAGAGCCGAGCAAUUGAUUGGAGGCCUUGGAGGUGAGAGAACACGUUGGAGUCAAACAGCCCUGGAGCUGGGAGAGUUGUACGUCAACUUGACAGGCGACAUCCUCAUUUCCUCGGGAGUUGUGGCUUACCUGGGAGCUUUCACAUCUAACUACAGACAGAACCAGACUAAGGAAUGGGCAGAUGAGUGUAAAAAAAUAGAUAUUCCCUGUUCAGAUGAUUACUCUCUCAUGAAUACCCUAGGAGAAGCUGUGACAAUUCGAACUUGGAAUAUUGCUGGCUUACCUUCUGACUCAUUUUCCAUUGAUAAUGGAAUCAUCAUCAUGAAUGCAAGAAGGUGGCCUCUGAUGAUAGAUCCACAAGGUCAGGCUAAUAAAUGGAUCAAAAACAUGGAGAAAACCAAUAAUCUUCAUGUAAUUAAAUUAAAUGAUUCAGACUAUGCAAGAACGUUGGAAAAUUGUAUUCAGUUUGGCACUCCUGUGUUGCUGGAAAAUAUUGGAGAAGAGCUAGACCCUCUUCUGGAACCUCUUCUACUAAAACAGACCUUUAAGCAAGGUGGGAGUGUAUGCAUUCGACUUGGAGACGCUAUCAUUGAAUAUGCACCUGAAUUUCGCUUCUAUAUUACCACCAAGUUGAGAAAUCCUCAUUAUCUUCCUGAAACAUCAGUAAAGGUAACACUGUUGAACUUCAUGAUAACUUCUGAAGGAAUGCAAGAUCAGCUUCUGGGAAUUGUGGUAGCCCGAGAAAGGCCAGACCUUGAAGAAGAAAAGCAAGCUUUAAUAUUACAAGGAGCAGAAAACAAAAGGCAGUUAAAAGAAAUAGAAGACAAGAUUUUAGAAGUUCUUUCAUCUUCAGAAGGCAAUAUAUUGGAAGAUGAAACUGCUAUUAAGAUAUUAUCUUCCUCCAAGGCUUUGGCUGUUGAAAUUUCUCAAAAGCAGGAGGUAGCUGAAGACACAGAGAGAAAGAUUGAUGCUACCCGCUUGGGCUAUCGGCCCAUCGCAGUCCAUUCCACCAUCCUGUUUUUUUCUAUUGCUGAUUUAGCUAACAUCGAGCCGAUGUACCAGUACUCACUGACCUGGUUCAUUAACCUUUUCAUCCUGUCUAUUGAAAAUUCUGAGAAAUCAGACAUUUUAGCAAAAAGACUGCUAAUCCUCAAGGACCACUUUACAUAUUCCCUCUAUAUCAAUGUUUGCCGGUCCCUCUUUGAAAAGGAUAAGCUGCUGUUUUCCUUUUGUCUAACUGUAAAUCUGCAGAUACACGAUCAUGCGAUUAAUAAAAAUGAGUGGAGAUUUCUGCUAACUGGUGGCAUUGGACUGGAUAAUCCUUAUGCUAAUCCUUGUACAUGGCUUCCUCAAAAGUCAUGGGAUGAAAUAUGUCGACUGGAUGAUUUGCCUGCUUUCAAAACUAUUCGUAGGGAGUUCUUGAAUCUGAAGGAUGGAUGGAAAAAUGUCUAUGAUAGCUUGGAACCACACCAUGAGUAUUUCCCUGACAUUUGGGAAGAAAAAGCAAGUGAGUUUCAAAGGAUGCUUAUCAUUCGUUGCUUGAGGCCAGACAAGAUUAUUCCAAUGGUACAAGAAUUUAUAACCAAGAAACUUGGACGCUUGUUCAUUGAACCACCCCCCUUUGACUUAUCCAAGGCAUUUGGGGACAGUAACUGUUGUGCACCACUCAUUUUUGUGCUCUCUCCUGGAGCCGAUCCCAUGGCUGCCCUUCUAAAAUUCGCUGAUGACCAGGGCUAUGGAGGAACAAAACUUAGCUCUCUGUCCCUUGGUCAAGGCCAAGGACCCAUAGCAAUGAAGAUGUUAGAAAAAGGUAUUAAGGAAGGAACAUGGGUUGUUCUUCAGAAUUGCCACCUUGCCACCUCUUGGAUGCCAACCCUCGAGAAAGUUUGUGAGGAGCUCAGCCCAGAAACCACACAUCCAGACUUCCGCAUUUGGCUGACAAGUUACCCAUCUCCAAACUUCCCUGUGUCUGUACUGCAGAACGGAGUGAAAAUGACCAAUGAAGCACCGAAAGGCUUGCGGGCUAACAUCAUUCGGUCGUACCUUAUGGACCCAAUCUCUGACCCCGAGUUCUUUGGCAGCUGCAAAAAGCCUGAGGAAUUCAAGAAAUUGCUCUAUGGUCUCUGCUUUUUUCAUGCCUUGGUGCAAGAGAGACGGAAAUUUGGACCUCUUGGCUGGAAUAUUCCUUAUGAGUUCAAUGAGACAGACCUGAGAAUCAGUGUCCAGCAGCUUCACAUGUUCCUGAACCAGUAUGAGGACCUGCCGUACGAUGCUCUGCGGUACAUGACAGGCGAGUGCAAUUAUGGAGGCAGGGUGACCGAUGACUGGGACCGGCGCACGCUGCGCACCAUCCUAAACAAGUUCUUCAGCACGGAAUUAGUUCAAAAUCCAGACUAUAAGUUUGACUCAAGUGGCAUCUAUUUUGUCCCUCCUUCUGGUGAUCAUAAAAGCUACAUCGAGUACACAAAGACUCUGCCGCUGACUCCAUCCCCGGAGGUGUUUGGGAUGAAUGCCAAUGCCGACAUCACUAAGGAUCAGUCAGAAACUCAGCUGCUUUUCGAUAACAUUCUUCUCACACAGUCUCGUUCAGCAGGAGCUGGUGCAAAAUCAUCAGAUGAAGUAGUAAAUGAAGUGGCUGGGGACAUCUUGGGUAAACUGCCAAACAACUUUGAUGUGGAGGCUGCGAUGAGGAGAUACCCGACAACUUACACCCAGAGCAUGAACACUGUCCUCGUGCAAGAAAUGGGGAGGUUCAAUAAGCUCCUGCAAACUAUAAGAGAGUCAUGCAUCAACAUUCAAAAGGCAAUCAAGGGUCUUGUAGUGAUGUCCACAGAGCUUGAAGAAGUGGUUGGUAGCAUUCUGAAUGUCAAAAUUCCAGGAAUGUGGAUGGGAAAAUCCUACCCAAGCCUUAAGCCACUUGGCAGCUAUGUCAAUGAUUUCCUUGCAAGAUUAAAAUUCUUACAGCAAUGGUAUGAGGUUGGCCCUCCUCCGACCUUCUGGCUUUCUGGCUUCUUCUUCACACAAGCCUUCCUGACUGGUGCCCAGCAGAACUAUGCCAGGAAGUAUACCAUUCCCAUCGAUCUGCUUGGGUUUGACUAUGAAGUGAUGGAAGACAGAGAAUAUAAGAAUGCUCCUGAAGAUGGUGUUUUUAUUUAUGGAUUGUUUCUGGAUGGUGCUUCCUGGAAUAAAAAGACCAAGAAACUUGGAGAAUCUUACCCCAAAAUUCUUUAUGAUACAGUGCCUGUGAUGUGGCUAAAGCCCUGUAAGAGGGCAGAUAUACCCGAACGACCGAGUUACCUUGCUCCACUGUAUAAGACGAGUGAGCGGAGAGGAACAUUAUCCACUACCGGCCAUUCCACCAAUUUCGUGAUCGCCAUGACUCUGCCCUCUGACCAACCCAAGGAGCACUGGAUUGGGCGAGGAGUAGCACUGUUAUGCCAACUCAACGCAUAACGAGAUCUCAUUUCCCCUGUUGCUACUUCGUACAUGGUUGAGUAGGAAAGUACGUUUUACUCUGUAAAUGAUUUUCGCCACUUUUGCUUUAAUUUUACUAGAAUUAAUCUUAACUAUGUAUUUAUUGAUUUAUGUGCAAACACAGCCUGAAUUUUAAAUGAUUCAUAUUUCAGUGUUAAGUAAAUCUUUUAAAAUAAAGACUAAAGAAAA